AAUCAAUGUCAAAUCCAAGUGAUUGGAUGCAAUUAUUUUCAAAUAAUUUCACGAAUAUCAAUCCGAUUGAAAUCCCUCAAUCAACCAUCACUACCACCGACGUUGUCGUCGCCACAACCACAGGUGCCGCCACCACUUCAAGAAAUGAUCAUGACUUGACCCCUAAUCAGGGCCGUGUAUCGAAACCCGUCCGCAAACGGUCGAGGGCUUCCCGACGAACCCCCACCACACUAUUCAACACUGACACGACCAACUUUCGGGCUAUGGUGCAGCAAUUCACGGGAGGCCCUUCCUCCACGUCGACCGCCAGACCUCAGCUCCCUGUCACACUCGGCACAUUCAGGGUUACGCAGCAUGUGGCUAGCACGGCGGCAACAAUGGCUCCAACGACGGGCAGGUUUCAGGUGCAGUACCCUAACCAAAUGCAACAGCAACACAUGUUCAUGUUGAGUAGUAACAUGCAUGGCGGCGGCGGCAGUGGUGGCGUGUCAUCACACGCGCCACCAGGGACGUCCCCGACCAAUGAGAAUCGGAAUUAUGAUAACUACAUGCGUUAAUAGGAAUUGGGGCUGAUUUUUCUUUUGUAGUUUGUAAAUUCUUUCUUAUUGUUCUCACUUGAGAACUAUGAUAGCUAGUUUGGCAUUUUAUUUUAUUUUAUAAUCUUCAAAAUAAAAAAUAAAUGUUUAUAGUGUUAAUAUAUAUACUUGUUUGGCGAAAAUUUUUGCCCAGAUUUGGUUUGGCUGAACCAAUCAAAUCACAUAGCAAGUGUAUUACAAUUGCUCUGUGAUGGGUCAUUUUUCCUAAACUGUGCACCAAUCACAUGACAAGCGUACUGCACUUAUCGUAUGAUUAAUUUAGAUUUGACGAGUUACGUCCAAACAAGAAUUUCCCCGUUGUUUGGAUAUUCCUUAAUUAGUUUGGGUUAGGAUCUUUUUUCUA